AUGGCUAAGAGGCGGACGGGACGGCCCGGUACAGCCAAGAAUAAGGCUAAACAGGCUGAAGCAGAACUUGUGGAAGACGAACACGUCGAAAAUCAAGCAAUAGGUACACCAAAGCUCAGACAGCCUAUCGUUUGCCAAGGUUUAGACGUGCAGUCCAUGCUUUUCCUACAAUGGGAUGCGGCCCUAGAGCAAUGGGCGUCCAUGGUAUCACCCAGGCUCGCCUCCCCACACCUGUCCAUGGCUUUCUUUAUGUUCCAGGAUGCUGCAUUCAUAUGCGCACUUGCAUGGAUUCUCUAUCGCCUUUGGCAGAUCAAUCAGAAGCCUGUGGAAGAACUUCAAGAGCUCCUGGGUUUGGACAUUCCUCCCAUACCUGAAGUUUCCUUGGCUGGUAUCACAUCUGAGUCGGUUCUACUAUAUUGGAAGCCUCCGGACAAUCAGGCUGCAUCCCUAAUGCACACCAUAGAGGUUAAUGGAAUCAAAGUUGGCGAAUUCGGUCGAGGGGACACUUCGAUCCAGAUAACCGGUCUAAAGCCCGGCAACUACUACAACAUAAGAGUCCUUGCAACGAACGCGGCGAAAUUCACGUCGCUUGGACCUCUCAUACGUUUACGUACCACUCCCUCGCUUAAGUCCAGUACACAGGCCGCUAGCAUUCCGAGCGAUCCUGCCGGCGACACUGAGCCUGCCGCUGUUCGUGCUACAUCUGCGCCAUUCGAAGCGGCCCUCCCAUCUCCUACUGUCCGGGACUUCAGUGGUGCCCAGCAUCAGACAAAGAGAACAGUGUCAGGACGUCGAAACUCACCAGCCACUUCUGGCGGUGAACAGCUCAGUGGACAAAUUAUCCAGACAGAGGGCAGCGAUGAGGACGAAUCUCCAGAGACUAUCAAACGCCUGAUAGAGAGGCUUGAUUUCCUGAGAAAUGAGGUCCAAAGAACAGACAGGGAAACAUAUGAAGAAGAACACGAAUCUAAACGGUAUUUGGCAGAGCUAGCCAAGGAGAAAGAUGGUCUGAAGCAGAUCCUUAAAGAGAAAGAAGAAGCAAGCUCGGAACUCCGGAGGCACGGCAACCAUUUGGACAAGCUGAAUAGAACAGCACAAAGCAAAAAAGCUGCAAAAGAAAAGCAAUUGCAACAGAAGAAAGCGGAUAGGCAGAAACUCAGGGAUGACACCGCAAGAUGGGAAAGAGAAACGAUUGAGAUGAAGCAAGACACAGAGGAUAUGGAGAGAGAAAAGGCCGAUGUCAUUGCUGCCAAGGACAAAGAGGUUGCAGACAUACGAAAACGCAUAGCCGAAGAUGUUGCUGUUAUCAAAUCGUUGGAGGAAGAAAUCCGUAUUAAAGGCGUCCAAAUCAAGGCAAUGGAGAAAGAUAGAGACAAACUGAGCAACGAUGGAAGCGAGGAACAUGAGCGCUCUAUGUCCGAGAGAGAGAACGAUCAAGAGUGGGAGACAAAGGUUCAGGCGAUCCAAGCCCAAUUGGGAUCGUUCUGGCAGGCCGUCCAACAUGCCGAAUUAGAGAAGCAGCAGGCUGAGGAGCACUUAAACUGGUGGCUCACCAAGCGAGCAAGAAAUCCGGAGCAGUUCGCCGCAACUCCGUCUCUGGAACUAGCUUCUUCGAUUCAACGUAGCAGGUCACGGAGAAAUCGACAAAACAAUUCACGCGCCAGCACGAUGUCUUCUCCCCCAGCUAACUACCAGAGCGGCCUCGUCUCAUUCCAUAACGGCGCUGCCAUCUCCCCACCAUUUGCAGCGACAUCACCGUUCUUCAACAUGAGUAACGGGAUGACUGUCCCUUCGGGGUCGGAGCGGACAGGCUUGUCACGGACUGACGCCGAGAUGUUGACUGGCGGAGGUCCGAUGAGCCCGGCUGCAAAUAGUCUUCUUCCUUCCAAUCUUUUCCGGGAUGACGAUGCCAUUGCCCAGCGCUUCACUGAUACCGCUGGUCAGGAGCCCUUGGGUACUGCAAAUCCGGACCUUUUUCUUGGGCAUGCCGUAUCAAACCCAGAUGCAUCGACCCAUGGGCCUCAUACACCUGUAUCUGCAGGCAGUCGAGCAGGGAGUCUCUUUUCAAGUCCGCAUGACAGUCUGCACAACUUGCAUGGCUAUCAAACGCGCCCAGACCCAUUUAUGGAAGGGGACAGUCACCUGGUCAAUCCGACGAGUGCGCCUUUCCAGUCCUCAAUAGCUGCAGACUCCAAUCCUUUAGUCACCAGUAGGCUCGCCAAUCUUUUCUCUUCAACUUUCAAUCGGCAGAGGGCAAAGCCUAGCACACAAGAACCUCCGCUUCUAGGUACACUAAAGCAAGGGCAGAGUCAGUCUUUUCCGAGGAACUUAGAGCAAGACCACCUCGAUCCUGGUGGGAGUCGGCGAAGGAGAGGAAGCCAUGGUAAUUGGGCCAACCCAAUGGCAGGACUUUUGAAUCGAAACACAGGCAAUCCAGAGGAUUCUGGGCUUAUUACCGCUCGCACCGGGUCCGGCCGCAGAAGUCGACUAAACAUGUUCGGUUCGAAGUUUGACGGGUUAGAAACCACGGCUUUUGCAGAUCAACCAUCUUCUUCCAGACCUUCUUCCACUUACUCUUAUGAUCAGAUCCUCUCGAGGCCGUCGAGCGAUAGUCAACGCCUAGGAUGGGCAGUACCGGACAGCCUUCCAACCCGCAGCAGCCCCUUGGGCGUGAAUUGGUCUACAGGCAGCGGGCCGUGGUCGCGCGCUCCAUCGCGCCGUCCCUCGGUGCAACAUGGCUCGACUAGUAACCUCUCUAUUGGUAGUACUCCCCUCGAUCCUGAAGGAUAUGCUGGAUCAUUCUCAAAGCAGAGUUCUGAGCAAGCUCCCAUCGGCACACGCCCGCAGUCCUCUCAACGACCCGUCACUCCUAGAUUGAAUCCUGCUGCACCAAGCUUCAAGACGCUCUUCACUCGGGGAGACACUAAGAAAACGACGAAAGGUGAAAGGACUGGCAGCAAGAAUACGGAAAAGCCCAAGGAUAAGGAGGGGGAGAAGGGAGAAACCGACGAAUUCGAUUCCGUCCUUGACUCUUCGCCUCAAAACCCAAGACUGUCCCGAGAUGCUCAAUCCAUCACCACAGCAACUUCAACUGCAGAUUCUCACGACUCUUUUGAUCGUUCUACGUCUGGGACUCCCUCUGAAGCGGUGACCCCUUCCGGACCCAAGGAGACGUUGAUGCAGAAAAUCACCCGCAAAAGUAGCUCCAGCAAGUUUAACGUACCUUGGGGCAAAAAGCGAGACCUACCUUCAACGCCGGGAGAGAUCGACGAGUUGGCAAACAAUGAGGAGCUUCUAGGAAAGAGCGUCGAAAGUGCCGGUAGUACACCACAGCAGGAUAAGAGCAGCCGUUCUAGUAUCUCAUGGCCGAACAUUCGACGGAAGAGUCGAAAGGGCGAUUAUUCUGCGAGCGAUUUAAUCGAGAGGGGCAGCGAGUUGGGAGAUGAUGAUGAUUAG